AUGGAAGAAACAAACGUCAAGCUCAGCGUACCUCUAAGCGAGGACGUGAUCAAGCUCUCGGCUCUAGAUCAACAGAUAAUGCGAUUCUAUGCAAAGGCCGUCUUUAUCUUUGAGCGCGAUUCCUCAAAAACCUCGAUUGACAUUGUUCACCACCUGAAGCAAGGCCUCGCCGUGACCUUGAGCGAGAUACCUGACCUCGCCGCGACCAUUGCUCCAGUCCCGAAUUCUCACCGCAAGGACCUGGAGCUACGCAUCGGGCCCAAUUCGGGCGUCCCUUUCAAGGUCGUGGAUCAAACAAAGCAGGAAUCUUGGGUAUAUGGCACCUACCCUGAUCUGGCUGCGAAACACUUCCCCACCAGUGAUAUUCCUCACGAUAUCCUCUUCAUCCCACAGCCGCAACCAAGCGCGGACGGACUGCCUGCUGCGUUUCUGCAGGUCAAUAUUAUUGAUGGCGGAGUUAUCAUCGCGAUCUCAUGGCACCAUUCAGUAUGUGAUGCGAGAGGCAUCAGUAUCCUGAUCGAUGCCUGGGCCAGGCAUACAGCGACGUCGCUAGCAAACGGCAAACCCGAUCUGCCUGCGACACCAGCAGAGGGCAGCCGUGAUCGGUGGCGAUUAGAUCACGGCCUGCGAGAGGUUACUAUUGACCAACUUCCCGAAUACACGAUUGAUAGCUCUGCCCGCGAAGACCCAAGCGGUUCCUACCUGCUCGACCGCGAAAACCCCGUCACAGUACCUUAUUCUGUAAGCACCUGGUAUUUCAGCGCAUCAUCGCUCAAAGCCCUCCGCGAUGCUCUCGCACAAGUCGAAAACGACGAAUCCACCCAGUUCACUAAAGUCGAGGCCGUCUCAGCCCUCGUUUGGAAACACAUGAGCAUCGCGCGCCAACUGGACAGAUCCAACCCGGACGGUUCCUCGCUCUUCACCACACGCCUGGACUUCCGCGCAAGAACAAAGCCACCCUUUCCUGAUACCUUCAUUGGAAACAUCAACGAGCCCACAGCCCGCGUACGCUUGCCCAUAGCUGAGAUCUGCCGCGCCUCCACCCCAGAAUCCCUGACGACCCUAGCUGAAGCUGUGCGCGCCGCCACCGAAAACACUACCGAGCAAAGCAUGCGCACGCUCAUCGGUCUAGUCAACGACGCGCCUGCGGUCACCGAUGUUGCUUGGAAAUAUAACUACUUUCCCGGCCCUGACCUGGGUGUAACUGAUAUCUCGAAUAUCGAUGCCAUGAAGAAGAACUGGGGCGCUGGCUUGGGAACCCCAACUUGUGUUAGGUCUUAUUCUAGAGAAACGGGUCUACUUUACCUGUUUCCGCAGGAUGAUGAUGGAGGCUUUGAAAUUCAGGUUCAGUGUGAGGUGGAGGCUGUGGAGAGACUGAAGGCUGAUGAGACUUUCACAAGAUAUUGUGAGUUCAAGAGGGCUUCCGCGUAUAAUGCGUGAAUUGGUACAACUGUAAAGAUAGGCUCUUUUUUUAUAUUUUCUUUCGAUAUUUA